AUGAGGAGCUCCAUCUCGCACCGCGACUGCCGCGACGCACAAGCUCACAUGUCCAACGACAUGCGUCUGGCCUGCGGAUCCUUGAGCGCAGGUUCAAUUUGCAGAACGGUCUCCCGUUUCCCAGCGACGGAGUGUCCGAGGCCUGCGGUCUGCACAUAGGGCCGGCCACCUGCGCUCAUCACCCGCCCGGCCCGGCUGUUUCAACACGCCCAUGCCCACGCCCUAUUCUGGUAAUCUUCAUGCGUUGCGGUCGCGAUCUGCCUGAGCCCCAUGUCUUCCCACCUGUCCGACCCCGCCAGUCGUCCGAACCCUUUGAGGCCCGUCCGCUCUUUUCGUGUAGAGCGAUCCACGUCCCCUGACCCGAAGACGCGGGCUAAGCGGGCGAGCACCAUCGAGAAUGCGUCCUCGCCCACUACCACGUCGGCGCUCCAGACUGCGUCUGGUACGCAGCCGAAGCAGGGCAGCGGCGAAGGGGAAGGGGAGGCACCCGACACCUUCGUGAGUAGGAUUAGUGAGGAAGCAAUAGAACCGCCCAGAGCUUCGGUCGACCUGGACGAUCUCCCGAUCGAACUCGUCAGCCUGACGGACCGCUUCAUUGACUCGCUGUCCGCCAAAGUCCAUCCCACCCCGCCCAACAUCGACAACCUCUCGCGCAUGUUCCAGGAAUUCUAUGCAACCGCCUCGUCCCAUAUUCAGACCCAUGUCGACAGCCUGGCCACUCUGCAGAGGCGUGAGGAUACCCCGAGCCUCGCGACCCGCCCUUCCGCCGCCAGUCUGUUGCGCUCUAAGGCCGCUUCGCUGAGCACCAAGGAGAAAUCCAAGGCGACCCCGCCGAGACGGGACUCGGACCAGCAGCUCUUGACGGCUGAAGAGUAUGCAAACCGGAAGAAAGCGAGGAGGGCUUUGGAAGUGAAGAAGUCCCUGCUGGAGGAGGCCGUGGAGAGGAGGUUGUGCGAAGGCAUCUACAGCAAGAUCUACCGCCACCGCAGCACCUCGGAUGAAGCCCAAGACGCCAAGCUCCGGUCGAAGACGGCCGCUCUCGCCGUGGUAGACAUUGGCCCGGUCGAUCUGGGCGUCGACCUGGGCAUUGCCGACAACGACCCGGAGGCUGCGGCGAAGAAGCAGGAGGAAGUCAAGCAAUGGCUGGAGUCGGCGAGGAAAGAGCUCGUCCUGAUGAGCCAGUCCAGGUAUCCACUAGGGAAAUUGAACCGCCUAAAAGCAGCCCACAAGGCUAUCAUCGACACCCUCUCGCACUUCCACCCUUCGUCCUCGGCUGAUGAGCUCAUGCCUAUGCUCAUCUACACGCUCAUCACCCUCCCGCCCGAGAACCUUAACGUCAUCAGCGACGUCAAUUUUAUCCAGCGCUUCCGCUGGGAACGGAAACUCACAGGUGAAGAGGCCUACUGUCUCACCACGCUCGAAGCCACCAUAGCCUUCCUCGAAACCGUCGACCUCUCCACCCUUCGCGCGGAUGAAACCCCCACCGGCCCGCUCAACAAAGGCCCAGGCUCCUCUCCCGCCUCCAAAGGGGAGACCUUUCCUCCAGCCUUCUCUCCGACCUCUCCAAGCCCCGCCAUUCUCGUCAGCCCUUCCUCUUCCCACUCCUCAAGCCUCAACACAGCCCAAACACAGCAAUCCCCAUCCCCAUCCCCGUCCCCCGCGGCCACCUCUACCGCCGGCUUCCGCGCGACAGUGAACGCCCAGCUGCGCCGCCAGCGCCGCCUCAGCGACCUGAUGCGCAACACGCCCACCCCAGCACAGGCCCUCAACGCCGCCUCCGACGCGGUCCUCAACACCGCCGACCAAGGCCUCAAAACCAUCGGCAACUCCCUCGGCGAGAGCUACAAGUUCCUGAUGGGCAAGCUGCGCGAGCGUGCCGUCCUUCCCGACGUGCUGCUCCCCAAAGACGGCGACACAGCUGCCGCUGCUUCCACCGCCGGGGUGGGCGGCGUGAUAGUGCCCAAGACGCUGGACGAGGCGCGCAAGCUGAUCGGCACGCCUCCGCCGCCGACGACCACGCCGGCGGAGGACGGGAGCCAGCUGCUCGCGCCGGCGCGGCGCAGCCCCAGCCCCAAUCCCAGCCUGGCAGCAGCAGCGGCGGCGGCGGACGAGCGCCCACCGCUCUUCGGCUUCAUCGCGGGCAGCGGGCGGAAGGUGUCGCGCGACCAUAGCGCGGACUCGGCGCGCAGCGCGGGCUCGUCGUCGCGCAGGGCCGCCGCCGCGGCCGAACAGCAGCCGGAGGAGAAAGACGCGCCGUCGGUGACGAGCCCGCAGAUCAUGGACUCGAUGCGCAGCCUCGGGAACUCGUUGAACCCGAUGGCGAGGUUGUCCGCCGGCAUUGGGGGGUUCAGAGGGUUCGGCCGGUCGUCGGCUGCGUCGGCCGUCCCGGCUAGGGCGCCGACGCCGCCGGCGAAGGACGCGGCUGGGAAGGGGGCAGGCGCUGGUGGUACGGUAACGGGUGUGGAUGGCGGGGAUCUGGCGACGGCCUUCCCCGAUCUUGCCGCGGCGCUCCCGCCAAAGGAACACGCCAAGAUCAGUCCGCCGGUCAAGCGCUUCUUGGAGAUGCAGAACGCCGCCGAGCUCAAACUCGGAGAGGUGUUUGAUCUUCUCAAGGAUUAUAAGCGGCUGGCGGGGGUUCUGAAGGAGAUGGGUGCUUUCAAGGAGUGAGAGGGUCGUUUUGAUCGGAAUCGUGUAUUUGCGGUGUUGUUCUUGCUUCUGUUAUCAUUGGGGAACUGCUGGAUAGACGGACUGGCGGAUGGGUUUGACGGAUGAGGGCAUAUGGCGGCAUUCUCAUUGUUUCUUUGGUCGGGACUUGUACUCGCUGGGCAUAGUUAGCGGUUUUUGUUUCGGUUAGAUAUCUAGACGUGUCCUACCUUGGAUAGGAUAGACAAAGU